AAGUGCAACAUUUCAGACUCUAAACAACGAUAACCAAAAAUACAUUCUUUAACUCUCUAGUGGUGAUUGUUGUUGUUGCUGUUGUUUAGUGUGUUCUAACCCUUGACAGAGUAGUUGCAACCUCAGUGGUGUUUGACAAGAGCAAAUACCGAGAAACAAUGUUGAGAAGCAUGUACUGAAGCAGUGUCGUCACAAUUUCCUCCAUCGUCAUCUUCUUCUUCUAGUUCCAGUUCGUUUGCUUUAUAAUAACUGCAGAGUCUGGGUGCGGCUUUUGCUCACCACCGCCUUCAAACCCAAGCGGAGCUAACGAGGCUGGUUCGAGGAGGAGCCGUCACGAAUUCGAUCAGCUCCGCGGCUGGCUGGCUGGCUGCAGCAGCAGCAGGAGGAGUGGCUGCAUCGCGCCUCCCGUGACCCAUCUUUCUGUGCGCCGUUUCAGCCACUGAGCGAGGAUUCUGCGGAGCAAAUCCCCACCCUCAGGCCCCACCCUCCCUUUGUGGUUGACCUCCACGCCGUGAUCGGGCCUUAAAGAGAUGGAAGAGGCAAAUGAGGCAGUUCAUGGUGUGGUUGAGGUCAAACCCUCCAAUGCAUGGAGACCGGAUGCGGCCGGCAUUUUUUUCUCCCUGCUUCUUGCAAUGUGGGGAGUAGUGGUGGCAGUCCUUUUGAAGAAUGGAAAUACACGCUUGUGGCAAGUAUUUGCUGCUUUCGUAUUUUUUGAGGGAGUUAACAGGACCCUUGACCUUUAUUUGCGUCGGAGAUCAGAGAUUGUGGGAGGGCUCACUCCCGCCGUCUAUGCAGACUUUUUGAAUACGUCAGUGUCUCUUGUACAUUCUUCCAUCAUCUCCUUAUUAGUGGUUGGGUUGAUGGUGAAGGAAGCAAAAGUGUCAGGAUUACCGCACAUGCUGUCUCACGACGUUCUUUAUAAUUGGACAUGGCCUGGAGCAUACACAGCUUUGGCUAUAUCCUGUGGUUACUUCACUUAUGAUCAACUGGAUAUGAUAAGGAAGCAUCUUUAUAGUCCUAAGGCGCCGCACUUGCUUGUGCAUCACGCAGUCCUUCUCACCUGCUUCACCCCUGCUCUUCAAUUGGACUCAUGUAUCAAUUACUUAAUUCUCAGUCUCAUAUGCGAGGUGCAUUCAAUAUUCCUGCACUUGCGUAAAGUCAAAAAGCUCUCUUCACCGGAGAACGCAAGGAGUGCUGGGGGCGACACAGUUACUUGGGUGUUAAAUUGGAUCGCGUUCUUUUCGGCCAGACUGUUUGUUCAUUUCUGGAUAACGGGAAAGCUACUGUGGGACGCUUCUAAAUUUCCCCGUGGGUUUGAGUGGCCGUUGGCCUUAACUGGCAUGGUAGGUCUCAACGUCCUGAACGUGCUCCUUGGCCAAGGGCUUUAUAAAGCGUUGAUGAAAGAGAGGGCUUCUUCUCGCCGAAAAGAUUAAUCGCCAUCCUCUAUACUUUCAUGUCUAUGUCAUCGGUCAUAUGUGGAAACGUCACCACAAUAUGGAAAGAGAAAGUCAAAGCAUUCUUAACAGGAAUGACACCUCCUGCUUCAUUGUUGAAUCCACCACGUAUCAGGUCAGAGAUUUGCACUGUUUUGUGCUGGGGAAAACAUGCUUUCGUCUUUUACUUCAUACAAGAUCCGCCCAGAUAGAUUGAUGGGGGAAUGGAAUUGAGUGGAAGCGAAUUCAAGUCCCUGCUCCAAAUAAUCUUAGAGAGUUGUUGGAACCUACAGAUGCACGGGGAUAUCUUAACGGUUUUGCUUCUCCUUCCACAGUUGUACUCCACGGAAUGAAGAAAGGUCAGGAUUGUAAAGAUAUUAUUAGGUGUGAUUCCACGGGGUAAUUUAUGCAACGGAUACUUGCACUGAAUAGGAUCCUAAGGAUUUCCAUGGUAUGAAUUGCAUGAAUGGUCUGGUACAAGUUUCAGAUAGGUGAGUUUUGGCUUCUCAGCUGUGACACAUGCCAUAAGGUCCAUGUCAAUGUGUUUUAAUUAAGUGCCCUAAA